AUGUUGAUAUAAACUUUCAUGCUCCUAGUCUUUGGAUACAUUUUUUGGGAAAAGAUAAUUAAGCUUUACUACAAUUAUUGGUAUUAUACUAGUUAGGGAAUUGUGCCUACUGAUUUCCCUCUUCCAAUCAUUGGUGGUCUUCACAACUUUGCUCAGCUAAUUAAAAGAUUGGACAAGUAUAAUGAGCAUCCAAGCAUUGAGUACAUAAAAUGGAGAGUCGGAGAAAAUCUACCUCCAAUGGUAUAUGAUUUAAAGAUACCAACUGGUGCUAUAGUAAUCAAUGAUCCUGAUGUAGUCCAAGAACUAUUUUCAACUUCUAAGGCUAAAUAUCUUGAUAAAUAUAGUUAGAAUGCAGGACUGUUUGAAGCAUUGACAGGCAAAGAUGGUUUGCCAGGUAUGAAAACAUAAGAUCCCAAUUUAUCUAUCAGAAGAAAGCAUGUGUCUGCUGCAUUUUAUAAAGAUAGGUUAACUAUACAAUUAGAGGCUGUUAUAAAGCUUACAUUCAAUAGACUAAAAGAUAUGAAGGAAGCUCUGAAUGAAUCAAACAACGAAAUAAACUUAACAUCUUGGCUAGGAGAAAUGGUGAUGCACUCAAUUUAGAUAUGUGUAUUUGGGUUAGACAGUAAUGAUCUCAAACUAGAUUAUAUCGAAUAGGGGAAAAUUCAAACUCUGCCUCUAUCAAUGUUCAUGAAGAAGCUUUCAGUAUAGCUAUUUGUUAGAAUAAUAAAAGUCUAUAGGUUGUGCUUUUCUAGUUUAAAUAGUUUCUAUAUUGGAUAACAGGAACAAGAGUAUAGAUAAAACGCUUUGUUUUUUAGGCAAUUCUUGAAAGAUGUGAUUUCAUAGAGAAGAAAAAGAAUAUCUGAAGGUUAUCAAUCUAAUGACUUUGUUGAUCUUCUGAUCAGAGAUGAGUUAUAUGAGGGGAAGGAUGAGACAAUAUUGGAUGAAUGUUGUAUAUUCAUGUUAGGUGCCACUUAAACAACAGUAACCACAAUUAAUAACGCUCUUAUUUAUAUUUACAAAGAUAACUAGAUCCUAUAAAAACUAAGAGAGGAAAUUGCUCAAAAUUUCAACUUUAAAGACAUCUCAUUGUUAACCUCAGAGCAUUGGAUUAAGUAGUUCAAUUAUGAUAAAAUGUCAUCUGAAUCCACAUAUAUUCAGAAAAUAGUAUCCGAGACACUAAGAAUUGAACCUCCUUUCAGAUUAAGUGCAAGAUAUGAAUUAACUGAAACUCUCGAACUUAAGGGUUAUAGAAUAAAGAAAGGUGAUCCAUUACUCUUUAAUAUCUAUGGCCUAUCUCGUGACCCUAAGACUUGGAUUGAACCAGAGAAGUUUAUCCCUGAGAGAUUUGAUCCUGAUUCAAAAUACUUCUUGACUCCUGAUGGAAAGAAGAGAAAAUCUUCAUCUUAUAUCCCGUUCUUUGGUGGAUUAAGAGUAUGUGUUGGAAAGACCUUUGCCGACAGCUUCGUCAAAACAAUAAUUCCUAUAAUAGUGAAUUUGAUUGACUUUGAAUUCAUCGACAAGUCAAUCUUUGAGAAAAAAAUACCUAUAUCUAUUGGUGUUGAGCCUGAAAUAAAAGUGAAGGCAAGUUUCAGAAAGGAUUUUUGA